UUCAGAACAAAUAUCCCGAUGUCAACAGAAGUCAAACACGCCAGGUUUCCCAAAGAUGCGCAGACAAGACGGGAAGAGCGUCAUCGAGUGCUGACGAUGAAGUAUGGCAAACAACAAAUGAUGCUUAUUCGCAAGAGAAUGAAGAUUGAAAAUUGGAUUGACGCUGAAGUGGCCAAGCUCUUCAACGGGAACGACAACAAUGGAGUUGACAUCGAUCUAGACGCGCUUCUUGAUCUCGACAGUGUCCCAGCCAAGCGUAAAUUUGUCUUUGACAACCUUCAACGGAGUCACUGCCCAGCAUCAAUGGAUAAAAUAACAAUGUUUUUGGAUGAGAUGAUUGAUCAAUUGAAUACGCUAUAAAACGACAGUCACUAUAUGUCCGCAAUUUUACGUUAUAUUUGUUGUACAGUUAUGCUUUGAUGUUAUUGAAUGUUUUAACAUAGAAAAUUGCAAUGAAGAACCUGUACAAAUGGGUUUAGUAUUGUAUA